CCACGGCAGUGAGUCUCCCAUGGACCUCCUGGCUCCGCUGCUGUCUUCAAUAACUUGUAGUGCUCCGGGAACUUUGUGAUCUUUCCCGUCGGAGCCUCCAUCUGUUCGGGAGUUGCAGAGAGCGAGGCGAGGCGGAGCAGCGGUUGAUGGGACGCAGAAGGAGCCCUGGAGCCCCCAGAACCAGCUCCAGCCAGUACCGGGAGGACCACCAGUCGGCGAAGAUACAUCCCCGAGGACAGGCCACCAUGUCGGGCCAGCGUCUCAGCCGCCUCUCCGUCCUCACACUCCCUCUAAUGGGGCUGGUCUUAGUGCUCCUUGACCUGGAUGUGAGCCGUGGUUUUGCAGCUCCCGCUGAAGACGAGGAUUACUACAUGCAGGAGCUUCUCACCAGAGACCGGUACCAUGACGUCCCAGGACCCGACGAAGACAUAAUACCACCGGCGCCCUUCUUUGAAGGGGCACGUGAGACGGACGUUAACAAGCGCCCCACCGGCCACAAGGCAACCAAGAGGGAGCACAGUGGCAAGGCAGACAGUGAUAGAGAAUCAGACAAGACCACGGCAACUGAAGUGAAAAUUGGAAACAGGAAAGUUGAAAAGAACAAAAAGGUAGUGUUGAAAACUCCCAACAGCAUCAACCAGGGAGAGGCCCGAUACCAGCCAGCCAAGGAGGAAUGCCCACCCCUUGGACUGGAAACCCUGAAGAUUGAUGACUUUCAGCUCCAUGCCUCCACAACUAGACGGUACGGCUUGGGAGCUCACAGAGGAAGACUGAACAUACAGGCUGGCCUGUCAGAGGAUGACCUGUAUGAAGGAGGAUGGUGUGCUGGCAGGAAUGACCCGCUGCAGUGGUUCGAGGUGGACGCCAGGAGGCUGACCAAGUUCACCGGGGUCGUCACACAGGGAAGGAGCUCUCUUUGGUCGAGUGACUGGGUGACAUCAUACAAGGUCCUCGUGAGCAAUGACAGUCACACUUGGGUCACCCUUAAGAAUGGAUCACAAGACCUGAUCUUCAGUGGUAACAAGGAGAAGGAGAUCCCGGUACUGAACACAUUUCCUGUUCCUGUUGUGGCUCGUUACCUCAGAGUCAACCCUCGCUCCUGGUUCAGUGGGGGAAGCAUAUGCAUGAGAGUGGAGAUUAUGGGAUGUCCUAUGCCAGAUUCACAGAACUAUUACCACAGGCGUAACGAGAUCACAACAACAGAUAAUUUGGACUUCAAACACCACAGCUACAGAGAGAUGAGACAUCUGAUGAAGGUGGUGAAUGAAAUGUGCCCCAACAUCACAAGGAUCUAUAACAUCGGCAAGAGCCACAACGGCCAGAAACUCUACGCCAUCGAGAUUUCCGACAACCCCGGAGAACAUGAGAGUGGUGAACCAGAGUUCCGCUACACGGCCGGCUCCCAUGGUAACGAGGUGCUAGGCCGGGAGCUACUCCUGCUGCUGAUGCAGUUCAUGUGCAAGGAGUACCUUUCAGGUAACCCACGGAUACUUCGCCUAGUGAACGAGACCCGAAUCCACCUGCUGCCGUCCAUCAACCCUGACGGCUACGACAAAGCCUUUGAAGCGGGUUCAGAGCUGAGUGGCUGGUCUCUGGGUAGGUGGAGUCAGAUAGGGGUCGACAUCCAUCAUAACUUCCCCGACCUCAACUCCAUACUGUGGGAGGCCGAGGAAAAGAAAUGGAUCCCCAAGAAGAUGCAAAACCACCAUGUGCCAAUACCCCAAUGGUACCAGUCCCAAAACGCCACGGUAGCGGCAGAGACACGUGCAUUGGUCACUUGGAUGGAGAAGAUCCGUUCGCCGCUUGGCGGAAACCUCCAGGGAGGGGAGUUGGUCGUCACCUUCCCCUACGACAGGACCCGUACCCAGGGUGUGGCCAGGCAGCAGACCCCCACCCCAGACGACCACGUGUUCCGAUGGCUGGCCUUCUCAUACGCCUCCACCCAUCGCCUGAUGACGGACGCCAGCCGGCGCGUCUGCCACACUGAAGACUUCGCCAAGGAGGACGGCACAAUCAACGGGGCGUCCUGGCACACAGCAGCGGGGAGUAUGAAUGAUUUCAGCUACUUGCACACUAACUGCUUUGAGCUGUCGAUGUUCGUGGGCUGUGACAAAUUCCCCCAUGAGAGCGAGCCGGAAGAGUGGGAAAACAACCGGAGUCCUCUGCUGGUCUUCAUGGAGCAGGUGCAUCGUGGGAUCAAGGGCUUUGUCCGGGACAUCCACGGGCGGGGCAUAGCCAAUGCCAUUAUUCAGGUGGAGGGGAUCGCACAUGACAUCAGAACAGCGGCCGACGGGGACUACUGGCGCCUGUUGAACCCGGGGGAGUACCGGAUCACGGCGAAGGUGGAUGGCUACAGCACCACCAGCAAGGUGUGCGAGGUGGGCUACAGCAUGGGAGCGACCCGCUGUGACUUCACCCUGAGCCGCACCAACCUGUCGCGCAUCAAGGAGAUCAUGGAGAGGUACAACAAAAAGCCCAUCAGGCAACCCGCCAAGCCGCCCGUCAGCCAGCUGUCGGCGCGGACCGCCGGGCCCGGGCACCGGCGCGCGCGGGGAUGAAGGGAGGGGCCCGGAGAGGGGUCGGACGACAGUCUGUUGGAGAAUCCCAGUUGCGUUUCCUCGAUUCCGCUCCGUUGUCCUUCCCUGCCACCUUGAAACCCAUUGGACGGGAAGCUCAGAGGUCCCCUGACCUCAGAUCGUGUCGCCCAUUUGUGUUUGAGGAGGAGGAGGUGAGGCAAGAGGAAGCGAGGAAUCAACAGAAUUCUCUGUUUGUUUGUCCCACUCACGUCAGUUUGGACUCCAUUACCAUUGUCCUCCGUCCUGGUGGGACGUGCUAAGUGGAGAAGGAUGAGAUGCGAUGGUAAUAGCAUGAGUGGUGGGGUUUUACGUACUAAAACAAGGUGCUGUUUUUCAGCAAAGCUAUCUUAAAGUUCUGGUUGCUACUUUGAAUACUGUAUAACCUGUAUUAUACUGUAUACUGUAUAAUAAGUGUCUAUGGGAAGCACCUAAUUAACAGUUGUAAAGGCUUCGUUGCCAAAGUCAGAGCUUUAGUUUCACAGUACCAGUACAGGGUGGGUACAUGGCUUAACUGAAAUGUCAAUAUUACUAAAUGCAAGCCUGUAUUUUCACAAAUUAUGAUUUGUUGUCAACCACAAUGUAAAAAUAUUUGUCCUGAACUGAUCUAACGCAAACUGAUUUGUUAGUAGCAUAUGUACAAGUCAUGACUGCAGACCAUUCUUUGGUUUUGUUGCCCUGUCACGUUUUCUAUAUUCAAGCGGUAGCACAACUGCAAAGCCAGCGAAGAUAAGUACAUAAGCAUUUCCUGUGCAUACUGGAGCAACACAAAUCAGACUAGUAUCCUGUAAGAGGAAAAACAACUCAACUACUACAACAUUUAAGGUUCCGGUACCCAGAUACGAUAUUCAGCUUACGAUCCUCAGCUCCUAAUCGUCAGGGAGCUCCUGCCCAAAACCCAAACGCUGAUAUAUCCAUUUGCUAAUUUAUGCCGUACCAUUACAUUAGCAGCAUUCCGCUUUUUACCAAGAAGUAUAUAAGCUUCAUACUUGCAAAUAAUACCCUUUACAUCAUGCUUUGGAAUGAAUACAUGAAGCAUAUACUGUAUUUUGAAUGUAGAGAAAGCUAACAAAAUAAUGAAAACCAUGCACUUCCAUGUCACCUUUCUGCCUUGAGAAAUUAUUUAAUAAAAGU